AUGCUCCCCGCCAUUAAGGAUAUUCUCCAAGGAACCAAUCCAUUGGAGGUCAAUGCCGUUAAUCAGCUGUUUGACCCUUAUUCUCAAACUUUCAAUCCAGGGUGGAAGAUGCAUCCUAAUUUCCAGUGGAGCGAUUCUCAACCUCUUGGACCUCCUCAAGUUUCACCACCUCAACAACACCAAGCGUUCCGGCCUUCUCAAUCUCAAGGUGCGCCGAAGUUCUCCCAAAAUCAACAACCACCGGGGUUUGCACCGCCGGGACCUCUUCAAGGGCCAAAUCACUUCCAACCUCAAAAGCGAUCCUUGGAGGAAAUUAUGUCAUCUUUCAUGCAAAGCCAAACGUCCCUCAACGAGCAAACUACUCAAACACUCGGGGAAAUCAAGAAUCAAAUGGCAAAGAUGACUAAUACGGUGGGGAUUCUUCAACAAGAAAAGGGGAAGCUUCCGACUCAACCUCAAGCGAAUCCUCAAGGCACCAAUUAUGUGGCAGGCUCUUCGGUGCUUAGUCCCGAGCAAGCCAAAUCCAUUACAACUUUGCGAAGUGGCAAGGAGAUUGACAAGGCCAUUCCUCCCAAGCCUAUCAAGCCUCUGGCGGAAGAGCCGGAAGGCCCCGUGUCCCAAAUUUCGGCCCCUUUUCCCCAAAGAUUGAAGGCGUCGGCCCAUGCCAAUACCAAUUCCGAGAUCUAUGAGCUUUUCAAGCAAGUGAGAAUCAAUAUCCCGUUAGUGGAUGCGGUCAAGAAAAUUCCCACGUAUGCCAAGUUUCUCAAGGACUUAUGCACCCAAAAGCGGAAGUUGAAUGUUCAAAAGAGGGUGUUCUUGAUGGAGCAAGUGAGUUCUAUCAUCCAAACCAACGCGGCUCCCAAGUACAAAGAUCCGGGUUGUCCAACCAUUUCCAUCACGAUCGGGGGUACGAAAAUUGAGAAAGCUCUCCUCGAUUUAGGGGCUAGUGUGAACUUACUUUUGUAUUCUGUUUAUGAACAACUUGGUUUGGGGAAGAUGAGGUCAACGCCGGUGACACUUCAAUUGGCUGAUAGAAGCAUCCAAGUUCCACGAGGGAUGGCGGAGGACGUACUUGUGCAAGUCGACAAUUUUAUCUAUCCCGUGGAUUUCGUCGUGUUGGAUACUUGCCCUGUACCUACCUCAAAAGCUUCAACAUCAACCUCGGUCAUUCUUGGGCAUCCAUUCCUAGUCACAGCCAAUGCCAUUAUCCAUUGCUGA